ACGGGAGGGCCGGCGAAAAGUCCCGGAAGCAGGCGAGCCGAGGACGCUUCGGGGGUUUUCUGCCAAGAAUUUGCGAACGUGCUUCGGUGGAAUUAGAAACGAAACCUCAUUUUGUAUCUUUUAAUUAUUAGAUAUAUAUAUUUUUAAAUUUAAUUGUGGUCACCUUCAUUUGGGCGUCGCGGCUUCUUCGCGGGAGGUUUCCCUCAGGUACAUAAAAAAAAAAAGAAAAAAGAAAAACUCACUUUGUUUGCACUUUCGACGAUUUUUUGUGGACAUACUCGAAGAACAAGUUCAAACUAACCCAAGAAUACGAGAAUCCUGACCCCCGUGCAGCCGAUGGGAUGCUGUCCCACAGCCCAUCCGAGAGAGCGCCAGUCUGAAUGGCGCCCUAGUGCCGGCCUUCUUCCCGCCCACUCCAAAGGCGUCGCCGCCCCCUAACGAGCUUCGCAGCCUCCGCCGACCUCCUCGCCGCCAUGGAUAUUCUGACCAACGACACGGAGGGAUGCUACCUGAGCCGCAGCGUGAAAUUUUUCUACGAGAAAAGCGGCAAGAACAUCAGCGACCACUGGCGCCAUCGCGACUACGUGAUCGUCUCGCUGGGCAUGACCGUCUGCUUCAUCGUCAUCUUCUCCAACCUGCUGGUCAUCGGGGCCAUUUUGAAAAACAGGCGCUUCCAUUUCCCCAUCUAUUACUUGCUGGGGAACCUGGCUUUGGCGGACCUCUUCUCAGGUGUCUCCUACCUCCACUUGAUGUUCCACACGGGUCCGUGGACCAUCAAGCUGUCCAAGUAUCAGUGGUUCGUGCGUCAAGGGCUGAUCGACACCAGCCUGACCGCGUCGGUCCUCAACCUGCUGGCCGUGGCCGUGGAGCGCCACCAGACCAUCUUCAACAUGCAGCUGCACAGCAAGAUGAGCACGCGGCGCGUCUUCGUCAUCAUGAUCUUCAUCUGGCUGGUGGCCAUCAUCAUGGGCCUGGUGCCCACCAUGGGAUGGCACUGCCUGUGCGACCUGGACAAGUGCUCCACCAUGGCGCCGCUCUACAGCCGCAGCUACCUGGUGUUCUGGGCCCUCCUCAACCUGCUCACCUUCUCCAUCAUGGUGGCCGUCUACACGCGGAUCUUCUUGUACGUGCGGCACAAGAGCAAGCAGAUGUCGCAGCACACGUCCCAGAUGAGACACCGCGAGACGGUGCUCAACCUGAUGAAGACCGUCUCCAUGAUCUUAGGCUGGUUCGUGAUCUGCUGGACUCCGGGCCUGGUGGUGCUGCUGCUCGACGGCCUGGCGUGCGACCAGUGCAACGUGCUGCACUACGAGAAGUACUGCCUGGUGCUGGCCGAGUGCAACUCCCUGGUCAACCCCAUCAUCUACUCGUUCAGGGACAAGGACAUGCGGCGGACCUUCAGGGAGAUCCUGUGCUGCUUGUGGCGACGCGGCGGCGAGCGGUCCGGCGUCUCCGGCGUGAACUUUAACACCCUGGAACACGAGAACUCAAAGUCUCGCGACGUGGAGCUGAUGGAGAAAAGCAACGGGGCGCCGCUCAUCAGCAAACACUCGGACAUGACGCCGUCUCUGCAGAGUUGGAAUUAAAAAAAAAAAAAAAAAGGAAAAAAGCGCACUCAAGAGCGGAGAGACGCAGAAAGUGACAUCAUGACGUGGACGUGACGGUUGGCGUGGCCCGGGUCUCGUUUCCUGUUUUGCAAACGUUUGGAAAUACUGCUCGAUGAUGCUGUCGCAACAGAGCGUGUGCAGGACUUUUUUUUUUUUUUUUUUUUUUUUUACCAAAAUCAUUUUUUACAUUUUUUAAAACUUUUUUUAAAUAUUUUUUUUAAUUUUAAUUUUUUUUUUUUUUGGUCACAGUUGCAAGCUCUUGCGCCAACUUCCCAUUUUGCCGAGAGGAGGACACACGAGCAAUAAACCAGUCAUAUGAGUUAAGAAGUCAUCCAUUUAUUCGAUUUUUGUUGUGUAUUCCACCAUCUCAGAAGUACUCCGAAUUAUGUAUUUAUGAUGCGUUUUGUUAGUAGCCAGAAAGCUGCACCUCAAAAUUCAAGGUCACACAUUUAGUUUUCAUAACGUUUCCACUUUAGCCACUUUUAUACUAUCAUUGCCGAAAUUUUCAGGCAGUGACUAAAAGUUUUUGCGUUUCACUAAUUUUUCUGCUUCAGGAUAUAUUUUUUAAAAUAUAUAUUUUUUAAUUUGUCCAAGACUUUCACUAUGAACUAAAUAUGACUUUGUGCAAAAAGCUUGGAAAAUAACAUCUGAGGGAAAUGACAAAGUUGGGAAAAAUAUCCCAAGUUUUUUUUUAAUUAUUUAUAUACAUCACAUGAACGUCACAUGAAGGAAGUUAUAAAUUUAAGAAAAUUCGUCAAUUUUUGGUAGGUAGAGCGACGUUGCAAAAAAAAUUAAUCAUGAUCAAAUUGUUAAUAAAUAAAUCCAAGGGUUAAGAAAUUCCCGGAAAAACACGAAAAUGUAACUUUGAAUCAAAUUCUGAAAAUAUCAAAUUAGGAGAAAUGCGUGACGUGCAAAAGUUGGAAAUCAAAUAUUUGUAAAGUUAUUAAAAUAGGUUUAUCUAGUAAUAUAAAUGUUUUAGGGGAAUUUGUGUGAAGUUCAACUUUUUUUUUUUUUUGCAACAAGUAGACAUUAAAAAACAAAAAAAAGUCCACUAAAAACGAAUCAGGUAAAAGUGUAUAAAAAGUCUUAUUAUGCCAAUAUUCUGGAGCAUCUAAAAUCUGUAGGAAAAAUUAAAAACAAAAUUCAAGAAGUCAUAAAAUGUAUGGAAUUUAUGCAAAAUGUACAAUGUUUUAUUUUUAUUUUUUUAAAUCAGAAAUACCAAAUGUUUAUGUGAUGAAACUCUUAGCAACAAUGACAUAGAAACAAAGUGAAGCCAAAAAAAACCUUUUGGGGGGGCAACUGUCACGCUGACGUAGUUGAAAGUAUUUAUGACGACAUUGAGGAAGUAAAUGCAGUAUGUACAGUACAGCAUUUUGGGCAACUGCACAAAGUGAUUGGGAUCAUUCUGUGUCCAUUAAAAAAAAAAAAAAAAAGUAUAUAUUUUUUAAA